AUGCCGCCGCCGCCGCCGCAGACUCUGCUCCUGGUGGGAGGGGGCGCUGCUGCUGGGCCGAAGCACCGCCUGCUCCCUCGACUGGGGAGCCUGAAGAGCGUGCCGGCUCACCGGUGCCUGCGGGACAGAACGGACUUCCGACGUCUCUGGAAGCAAGGAGCUGGCGCCCGGGAGGAGCGGCAGGAAGCCACCUGUUGCUACCCCGAGGUGCUCAGGCAGGUCCUCCACCUCUUCGUCGCAGAGGCCAGCAGAGACGCCUGGCCACAGAAGGCUCUUGAGCAGCUACUCACUAAUGUGCACAGUGACCUGCGAGACACUCAACAGGGGCCGGCGCAGCAGGGCCCGUCCUGUCCGCCACCUUUCCUCACAGACAUCUGCAAGUACUUCCGAAGAAUCUCCAGCUACCUGAAGGCCAAGGGAUACAGCCCUUGCUCCUGGGAGAUCGUCAGGACAGAAAUGCAAGCGGCCCUUUCCGGCUUCCCGGGGCCGGCCGAAAGGAGCCCCGAGAAGAGCAGAGGCUCCCUGGAGGGAUCUCCACUGAGAUGA